AUGAAAUUUGGAUUGGACCGAUUCUAUCGUUUGUUGGCGUUGGACAACAAAAAGAUGAAACAGCUGUACAAAGACUACUGUGAAACUGAACUCAAGAAAAAUCCAAGAAAGGUAAAAGAUAACCUGGAAAUGAAUGGUGGCUCUGUGACUCCAACAGACACUUUCUACAGUGCCACAUUCUGUAACCAGCCACGCGCAGAAUGCUGGCUCAGGGACGAUUCCAGCGAAAAGAAACCUGAUCGUGAUCAUGUUUGCCAUGAAAUUGCCAAAAUUGGAAAUAUUAUGGUCAUGCAGUGGGCACACCAACAAGGAUUCCCAUGGGAUGAAGCGACAUGUGCAUGUGCUACCGAACAUGGACAUUUGGAAUUGCUCCAAUGGUUGCAUGCAAAUGGUUGUCCAUGGGAUGUUUGGACAUGUACUAAAGCUGCUGAAAAUGGACAUUUGGAAAUUCUCCAAUGGUUAAGAGAGAAUGGUUGUCCAUGGGAUGUGAGGACAUGUGAAGGUGCCGCCGAAAACGGACAUUUGGAAGUUUUGAAAUGGGCUCGUGCAAAUGAUUGCCCAUGGGAUGAGUUGACAUGUGAAAAAGCUGCCGAAAACGGACAUUUGGAAUUUUGA